AUGUGGGCGUUGGAGAAAGGAAUCUUGAUGGCCAGUGGGAUUUUCGUGGGCGCGGCGCUGUUUCUUUGCCUCGUCAUGUUCGGCUUUAGACUCGGAAUUCAGUUGUGGCUCUGUGUGGGGUUCGGCCUUGGCGGCGGCAUAUUAAUCGGCAAAUUCACGGAGUACUUCACUUCUUUCGAUUUCGGGCCAGUGCAGUCAAUCAAGGAUCGAGGCGUCACAGGCCCAGCAACAGUCAUCAUCCAAGGCAUAGGGGUCGGCAUGAUCAGUUGCGUGCCACCAGUAGUGGUUCUCGUCCUGGUCAUCUUGCUGUGUUCAAGCCUCGGUACUUGUCAGAUAGAAUUCGAUUUUGAUAGUUUGACCUAUGCUAUCACGAAGUGAUGACGAGGAAUGAGCUGCGCAGUAUACAUGCUACAUUUUUUGUCCGACGAACUCUGUUUCUGCAGAGCGUCUUUUGGAACCCACAGAAGGACAUUCAAUCUUGUUGUGAGUCUCCUCCAUCUAGUGAUACAAGCAACAGGUGGCCUGUACGGCGUUUCUAUUAGUGCAGUAGGCAUGCUUUCGACACUGGGAAUCACGUUAGCGACGGACGCCUAUGGACCUGUAGCAGAUAACGCGGGCGGGUUAGCGGAAAUGGACCCUUCAAUACCGCCUGAAGUGAGAGCGAAAACGGAUGCCCUCGACGCCUUGGGAAACACCACUGCCGCUACUGGCAAGGGCUUUGCUAUUGGCAGCGCCGUCUUGACGGCCCUGAGCUUAUUAGCAGCGUUCGAGCACGAGGUAGAUGUCGGGAUGACGAUGGAUAUGCGAGUUGGCGAUCCAGUCAUUCUCAGCGGAGUAUCAUCAUUCACAAUAAAAGUUAUAUCAACGAUCAACUAAUUCAUCGGGCUUUUUUGAUGUCGUAAAGACGCUUGUCGAAGUUCAACUUUUCAAGCCGAUUAUACACGUUUUGCACGCAGAGAAAAACUAUAAACCACAUUUGUAAUUACUCCUACGUACCCAACAAGAACAAACCUACUGGAUCACCCAGGUAAUUUUUGGAGCGAUGCUGCCAUUCCUUUUUGCAGCAUUGACGAUGAUAUCAGUCGGGAAAGCAGCGGCUGAGAUCAUUCAAGAGGUGCGGCGGCAGUUCCACGGUGGUGUUCCAGGUCUGUAUGAAUGCAUCAUCAAAGCUAGCAAUGGUGAAGACAUUCCUGAGAGCGAAGACGUAUCACCUGACAGCGACACCUGUGUCGCGAUAUCGACGCGCAGCAGUCUGCGCGAAAUGAUUGCGCCUGGAGCGUACUAAUCUUGAUGUGAUGCCUAGUUGCUUCAUCAGCGGAGCGAGAGAACUACUGUUUAUUUGGGAACUUUCUCUGCGAACGCAUAGUGGUUUUUUUCGCUUGAUUGGUGAAGUAAGAUUAUUUUUUUUGCAAUUCCUUUCCAGAUACGCGAUUCUCGCACCGCUGUUCAUCGGUCUUUUUGUUGGACCACGGUGCCUGAUGGGCGUCUUAGCAGGAGCAAUUGCAAGCGGGUGCAUGUUGGCGAUUAUGAUGAGCAAUGCGGGAGGUGCCUGGGAUAAUAGCAAAAAACUCUGCGAAAAACUCCAGAUAAAAAAGUCCGAUCAAGGCAAAGCGUGCGUGGUAAGUGUGAUUAUGAAGGUUUUUGAUUUUGAUGGAGAUGUGUCGAGACAUUUCAAGUUUAUCCUUUCAAUUUCAUCCUUUCUUUCUUUCUUUCACCUCUUCAUCCACAAAAAAAAGGUUGGCGAUACUGUUGGGGACCCGUUCAAAGAUACGUCCGGUCCAGCGCUUAAUAUAUUGAUAAAGCUGAUGAGCAUGGUGUCGCUGACGAUUGCGCCACUCAUAGCAGGCCAUAACGAUUUUGAGGGUUGGUGGCGCGGCCUAGUUCCCGCAGGCAUUUUCGCAGCUGUUACGUACUAUCUAGUGAAGCAAAGAAUACUUAGCUGGGACGAUCCUCUGGCAGACACACUGGCCACGGCAACGCAGAGUCAGCCACCGCCAGCCCGACCGGGCGGCAAGAUGAAAGGAUUUGAAGACGGAGUUCCAUUGAAUGACCUUAGUCCAGGAAGUGCUAAAAUCGGAGCGGUUCCAGAUACUGUAAUCGGAAACGUCGUCGCCGGACCCGGAGGAACGAGGGCAUACGAAUUUCAGGUACCCUAUAUCUUCAUAACUAGUCCUCGUAGAAGAAACCUGUCAUCAAUUUUAAGAUUCGAAAAAAUACGUUCGCUUUCUUCCAAAGGAACUAUUUGUACACCAAAACCAACAAGGUAUGUCGUUGUUGUUCCAUGAGUAAUUAAUACUUUUCAACAGAAUAUACCUGUUUGAGAAGAUCCUACCCCCAGGAUCUUGUCCAGGGGGCUUGAAUCUCGAUCCAGGAACAAUCUCCGGUCGGAAACGGUUACGUUACAGUAGGGAAGCAAGCCAUUGGCAGCGGCGGAAUCUAGUUCUCGUGGUUCUCUGCUGUUUUGACGAAGAUUUAUACACUUUGUUGAUGUCGACGUGGGUUGAUGCACAUUAUUCUGUCAUACGCGAGCGGCGGGGGCUAGCAGUGGCGUGGAUCUAGUAAGUAAUAGACUGAGCAAAGUCUCAGGCGCCAGCGUCGCCUUUCGAUUUCCCCCGACGAUUGUCCGGAUCGAAUCCCCGAGCUUGAUGAUUGCAGUGCUAAGGGGCUGACUGUUUGGCGUCACCUUUUUUGCCGCAUGGACAGUCUUUUUCCCCAGUUGACGCGUUGACUUCAUAUACACAUUCAUACACUAUAACAAGUUCUUUCCGCUAGUUGACAAGUGAUAACCUUAUCAUGGAUGCUUCCCAGAAAUUUUUUCAUUGGAUGCUUCCUCUAAGGUUCUAAGAUCUGUUGACGGUUUGCUUCAUGAAAGUCGAAGACUUCUAACUCAGCUUAGCUACGGCAUUUCUGAUACGGAACUUGUUUCGAGUUCUGAAAAACCGCGUUUGGAAACGAUUCCUUUCUGUGAUGAAUACUUGAACCUCCCCAUUUUGAUCCAUCAGGGUUAAUGUGCGCUUAGAUAGGCGGUUCUGUGGACCCGCGCUAGCUUUACUACAAGGCAGGCGGCGCCCCUGUCUUCCCUUUGAAUUCAUAAGUCCGGACCACGACCCUGAUUCAAGUCACGUAAGUAAAUGUUUGUGCACUUGUAGACAAGUAGGCAAAAAAAUGUGUAUUUCUAUUUUUGAUGCUGAAAAGUGACAGCCUGAAAGGAU